AUGGCUUCCGGUGGUCAUCCUGAGGGAGCGGCGCUGGUCACCAGACAUGACCAGCUGGCUGGCAGUCUGGCUAGGCUGCAGAGACUGGCUGCGAGCAGGCAGGCCGCGCUAAUGGAGAUAGUGUGUAGCUCCGUGACGUCAUCUAGUGUUCGUCAUCCCUCCGCAGCGAGAUGUCAUCCUCAGCUGCCGCAGGCUCAGCAGCAGCUGAGGGCGGAGAGAGAGGCGCGCGACGACUGUUUCCAGGACGUACUGGCCAGGGGGCAGAGGAGAUCGAGGAGCGUUGCCGCGCGGCAGGUGGCGUUGGAGCAGCUGAUCGACUGGCGCUGCUUCCUGAGAGACGAUAAAAGUGAAAAGAAUAUUAAAAAUAUCCGAAUACACUAG